UCUCGUAAUCAAAAAAAAAGGCAAAGAAAAGUCACCGGCGGAUUGAGAAGCCUGUUAAAUAAAUAAAGUAAAUCCCAAAGAAGCAAAUGCAGAAAGCAUGGAAAAAAUGAAGUUGCUUACAUCAAGUCAAUGGACAAUGGUGGUAGUCGUAGUAACGCUGUUGACGGCAGUUGAAGGUGCAGGGAAGAAGAAUUGCAGUGUGAGUCGCUGCGGCGAUGGAGGGCCGGAAAUUCACUUUCCGUUUUGGCUCAAACAAAAUAACACUGCUCCUGCAGAUGAUUGUGCCUACCUGCCUGAAUUCCAACUUUUUUGCGGUCCCGGAAGAGGUCAAUAUCAAUCACACAAGGACUCGACCUUAGUGAAGUUUCAACACAUAGUGAACACAUCAAUCAAGGGACUCGAUCUCGCUUUUAAGUACGAGGCAAUUGUUAGUUACAUCGAUUAUACAAACCGAGCUUUGCUUAUGCAUAUCCCACUUCUUGUAGAUAUAGUGCCCAUUUUCUCAUCUAUUUCCUCCCAUCUUCCUUUCAAACCAAAUACUUUUAAUGAUAUAUCUGUUUGUUACCAGACUUUGGAUACUAGAAAUACUAUUUAUGAGCUCUUCAACCUUGACCCCUUUAGAUCAUGUUAUUAUGGUUAUAGCAGGGUCGACCACUAUUACACUUUUUUCAAUUGUUCCUCUUCAUCUCCGGUCAUUGAGCAUAAUGGAAAUAUCAUCAUCAAUUCUCUCAGCACCAAAGAUUUCAAGGUUUAUGCUUAUUCUUCAUCUUAUCCCGCAAUCUAUAUGCUGGACCGUAUAAGAUCUUGCACUAAGAUGUACGAUAUUUCAACUAGGCUCAAGCAAUCUUCACAGUCCUGUGCCUGCGGGUCCCAAUUUUACUCGGAGAAUAUAUUGAGUUGGUCCCAGAAUGUAGGUGGUGGAAAAUGUGAAGCUGCACGAGAGAGUUGUAAUAUAUAUGAUGAUGACAGUAAUAGUUACACAGAUUUUCCAUACUCUCAACCAUCCACCAGAGGUUCAGGUCGUGCAAUUGCCAAACUACUUGUAGCUGUUUUAUUGCCAUGUAUCUUCUUGGUUGUUCUUGGCCUUAUUUUCCGGUAUAACUUUGUCCGAUUAAAUAAACAAAGGGAGGAAGAUGAGUUGAAGAUUAAAAUGUUUAUGGAGAACUAUAAAGCGCUCAAGCCAACAAGAUACUCCUACAGUGACAUCAAAAAGAUCACAAAUACGUUCAAGCAUAAAUUAGGCCAAGGAGGUUAUGGAUCUGUAUUCAAGGGACAGAUUUCAGCUGAUAUUCCAGUCGCGGUGAAGGUUCUUCAUAUUGAUUCCAAAGCAAAUGGUGAUGACUUCAUCAACGAGGUUGGUACUAUAGGUAAAAUCCACCAUGUCAAUGUGGUUCGACUGCUCGGGUAUUGUGCUGAUGGAUGUAAUCGAGCUCUAGUUUAUGAGUUUCAACCUAAUCAUUCACUAGAAAAGUUCGUUUAUAGAAGAGAGAAACCACAGAAUUUCAUUGGUUGGAAGAAAAUGCAAAAAAUUGCUCGAGGUAUAGCCAAGGGGAUACAAUAUCUUCACCAUGGAUGCGCACAACAAAUCCUCCACUUUGAUAUUAAACCAAACAACAUUUUAUUGGACAAGAACUUCAAUCCCAAAAUCGCUGAUUUUGGAUUGGCAAAGUUGUGUAACAUAGGACAGAGCAUGGUGUCCAUGACUGCGGCUAGGGGGACUAUUGGCUACAUUGCACCUGAAGUGUUUUCAAGGAAUUUCGGUAAAGUUUCAUCCAAAUCAGAUGUUUACAGUUUUGGAAUGUUGUUACUUGAAAUGGUUGGAGGAAAAACCAACGAUAUGACCACAGAACAGAACGCGAGUGAUGUAUACUUUCCCGAAUGGAUUUUUCAUAGGCUUGAGAAAAAUGAAGAGUUGGUGAUCCAAAUUGAAAAUGAAGAUGACAGUAAGAUAGCAAGGAAGUUAACGAUUGUCGGACUUUGGUGCAUUGGAUGGCAUCCGAUAGACCGGCCAUCAAUGAAGGUUGUGAUUCAGAUGUUAGAGGCUGAUGAAUGUCCUGCCAUGCCACCAAAUCCUUUUAACACCCCCACUUCAGGAAAUGCCACACAUGCCAAAUCAUUGUUUGGUGAAAGGCUCCAAGUCAUUUCUGAAACAGAGUGACACCUUCAAUUGCCGUUUACUUUUUCCCACCAAAAGAAAAGCUAUAUUUAUUUUCAUAUGAACUUUUCAAGCAUCAAAAUUACAUUUGAAUCGUUUCUAGUGUUUUCGGUUGCUUACUCAUGUGAAAUGCUAUCAUCCUUGUUAAGAAGGUAAAUAUUAUUCACCGCAUCACAAUUAUUUUCAAUAAAUUUUGUAUCAUUCAAAUCAUGUUCGGAA